UCCUCAGCUGAUCGGAAGUACAAUCGAUAGCUGCUUGUUUGCUCAAACCUGUAACGGAAAGCCAUGGCUGAGGCCAUAGCAGACACGAGAAGGCUGUAUACUAAACCACAAAACCUGAGCGACGCGUAUGGGCCACCGAGUAACUUUCUAGAGAUUGAUGUUUCCAACCCCGAGACGGUUGGCGUCGGUCGGAACAGGUUCACGACAUAUGAGAUCAGACUGAAGACAAACCUCCCCAUCUUCAAGCUGAAGGAGUCACGUGUCCGGAGGAGAUACAGCGACUUUGAGUGGCUGAGAGGAGAGCUGGAGAGAGAAAGCAAGGUGGUAGUUCCUCCUCUCCCUGGUAAGGCUCUGAUCAGGCAGCUCCCAUUCCGUGGGGAUGAUGGUAUAUUUGACGACUCUUUCAUCGAAGAACGGCGGCAAGGCCUAGAACAGUUCCUCAACAAAGUGGCUGGUCAUCCAUUGGCCCAAAAUGAGCGCUGCUUGCACAUGUUUCUACAGGAUGAGUCAGUGGAUAAAAACUACACCCCUUCCAAAGUUAGACAAGCCUGAACCGGUCUGGACUCUACACACACACUUUCACACACAAAAACAUGGCCCACAAGCAAUAAGAAAGUUUUGAAUCAUUCUUAACAGCAACAGAAUCUUAGCAUAAACCAUAGGGUGUCCAAAACAAUUACAAAAUAAUUGAAAAGGUUUUCUAGCGUUACUUGCGUCCCUUUACUCCUCCAAAAGUACUUUUUGAUCUCUGCUGAUAUGUUGUUUCAGUCUGAUUUAUAAAUCCGUAAUGUUAAUAUCACCACUUUAAGUCAGAUCAAACAUGUUCUUCUGUGUAAUUCGUUGUGGUUAACAAUUAUUUAUGGUGGUUUUGUCUGAGAGCACCACUAACUUUAGAUUAGUACAGGAUCAAACGAAACGAACCAAAUAACUAUAUCACAAUUAUGCAAGCACUAUAUCACGCACAUCGGCUUCCCUGUGUUAUUGCUACUACCUAGUUGUGUUGCUUUUAAUGCUGAAGAACACAUACAGCGGCUCACCGUGCAGGAUGCACUUAAUUGGGAACCCCCCAGAUACGUGGCGGUUGAUCGCGUGCCCCACUCAGCUGCAGACAAGCCUGUUUUUACUGUGUAAUGGCAGUACGCAGAAACACAGAGAGUGCUGCCUACAAUGCAUGUUUCCAGAUUUGUAUACUGCUGUGCCAUUGUUUUGUUUAUGAGAAUUUUCCAAUAAAACGGAUCAAACACA